AUGUUCCUUAACCUCAUUCUUCCUGGCGCUAAAACAUGGAAACCAUAUUGGGUUGAAAUCCACGAUAAUUUCCUCGAUAUUUCUGUCGAGUAUGGCAAAGAAGCUUUCACUUCUUACCAUAUUGGCGUAUUAAAAGUCCGCCCUUCAAAGGACUUCCCUGACCGCCCAGAUGUACUUGAAUUUUACGAUGGUGAUGGUCUUACACAAGUUCAUUUCUACGUAUUUACAUACGAUCCAUUUGAUAUCCUCGAAUUCUUCAAAGGAAUUUGCGCUUCUUACAAGAACUGGCGCGAAACAAUUCAGCGCGAAAAUCAACCACAGCAGUUUACAUGCGAAGUUAAGCCACCGGGCUUUUUCAGUGCAAAUGUUGAUUGGAAAGUUUCACAAGACAGAAUCUCUAUAGUAAAGAGUGGCCGCGAAGAAUCAUCUAUCUUUCUUAAAGAUUUACAAUCAAUAACUCCAUCAGCGAGCUCAUCAAAGCCAAAUGCAUUCAAAUUCUCUCUUAAGAACGGUGGUGAUAAGGAUGAACAUCGCUGCCUUACUCUUGAUAAUAUGAAGCGUUUACUUGAUGCUAUUUAUACAAAUACGUUCAUUAUCAAAUCUGCCUCCGAAGGCGCUGCUGCUCCAAGUGAGUAA